AUGGUACCGUCAGAGCCGCCCAAUCCAGUUGGCAGUGGCGAUAAUGUUCCACCUUCUAUUUUAGGAGGUCAAGGAGGACCUCCUCUUCCUUCCCAACCAGCAUUUCCUUCCCUUGUUUCUCCGCGUACUCAAUUCGGUAACAACAUGACUAUGAGUAUGCUUGGGAAUCCGCCAAACAUAUCGUCCCUCCUCAACAACCAGUCUUUUGUAAAUGGUAUUCCCGGUUCAGUGAUUUCUAUGGACACCAGUGGGGCUGAGUCUGACCCUUUGUCCAAUGUUGGCUUCAGUGGUUUAUCAUCUUUUAACGCGCCGGGUAUGGUGUCGCCGCGCUCAUCAGGUCAAGUUCAGGGUCAGCAAUUCUCAAACGUUUCGUCUAACCAGUUGUUGGCAGAGCAACAACGGAAUAAGAAACUGGAGACUCAGAAUUUCCAACAUGGUCAGCAAUCAAUGCAACAGCAACAGCAACAGCAGUUUCCAACAGUGCGUGGAGGAGGGUUACCAGGUGUUGGACCCGUCAAGUUGGAACCUGGUCAGGUUUCCAACGACCAGCAGCACAGUCAAGUACAACAGCCGCAACAGAAAAUGUUGAGAAACCUAGGAUCAGUGAAGGUGGAACCGCAGCAACUUCAGGCCAUGAGGAGCUUGGCCCAAGUGAAAAUGGAACCCCAACAUCCAGAGCAGUCAUUGUUUCUCCAACAGCAGCAGAGGCAACAACAACAACAGCAAUUUCUUCAAAUGCCGGGGCAAUCUCCGCAGGCUCAAAUGAACAUAUUUCACCAGCAGAGAAUUAUGCAACUUCAACAACAGCAACUCUUGAAAUCAAUGCCUCAACAGCGUCCUCAACUACCACAGCAGUUCCAACAGCAGAACUUACCUCUGCGGCCACCUCUAAAACCAGUGUAUGAACCUGGCAUGGGUGCUCAGCGUCUUACACAGUAUAUGUACCGACAACAACAUAGACCCGAGGACAACAACAUUGAGUUCUGGAGAAAAUUUGUAGCUGAGUACUUUGCUCCUAAUGCCAAAAAGAGAUGGUGUGUUUCUAUGUAUGGCAGUGGCCGGCAAACAACUGGCGUUUUCCCUCAGGAUGUCUGGCACUGUGAGAUAUGUAACCGAAAGCCUGGACGCGGGUUUGAAGCAACUGCUGAAGUCCUUCCGCGGCUUUUUAAGAUAAAGUAUGAAAGUGGCACAUUGGAAGAACUUUUAUAUGUCGAUAUGCCAAGGGAAUCGCAGAAUUCAUCUGGUCAAAUUGUCUUGGAGUAUGCAAAAGCAACUCAAGAGAGUGUAUUUGAGCAUCUUCGAGUUGUUCGUGAUGGCCAACUUCGAAUAGUUUUCUCUCCAGAUCUUAAGAUAUUCUCAUGGGAAUUUUGUGCUCGGCGGCAUGAAGAGCUCAUUCCGCGAAGACUUUUGAUACCACAGGUUAGUCAACUUGGAUCGGCAGCUCAGAAAUAUCAACAAGCUGCACAAAAUGCAACAACAGAUUCUGCUCUUCCGGAGCUACAAAAUAAUUGCAACAUGUUUGUUGCAUCUGCUAGACAAUUGGCAAAGGCCCUGGAAGUACCGCUCGUGAAUGAUUUGGGAUACACAAAGAGAUAUGUUCGGUGUUUGCAGAUCUCGGAGGUAGUGAAUAGUAUGAAGGACUUGAUAGACUAUAGCAGAGAAACAAGAACAGGACCAAUUGAGAGUUUAGCCAAGUUUCCUCGGAGAACAGGGCCUUCAUCUGCACUGCCUGGUCCGACUCCUCAGCAACCAAGUGAACAGCUAAGGCAGCAGCAGCAAACAGUUGCCCAGAAUGCAAACAGUGAGCAGAGUUCUGGGCAAGGUGCACUAAUGCAGGUCAAUCCCAGCAACGGAGUAAACUAUGCCUUUAAUGCAGCUUCUGCAUCCACCUCCACCAGCAGCAUUGCAGGGCUCAUCCACCAGAACUCGAUGAAGCAAAGGCAUCAGAAUCCUGCUUACAAUCCUCCGAAUAGUCCGUAUGGUGGAAACUCAGUUCAGAUGCCGUCACCUAGUUCAUCAGGUACCAUGGCGCCAUCAUCCCAGCAACAACACAACAUGCCAUCAUUUCAGUCUCCAACUAACUCAUCUAAUAACAAUAAUCCCUCCCAAAACGGGAUAACAACUGUUAAUCACAUGGGCUCCACGAAUUCUCCAGCGAUUCAACAGGCAGCUGAGGCUGAAGCAAACGAGUCGAGCUCUGUGCAGAAGAUACUGAAUGAAAUUCUAAUGAACAACCAAGCUCAUAAUAGCAAAGGCGGAGGCAUGGUUGGGCAUGGCUCAUUUGGGAAUGACGGGAAGGCAUCUAGUGUAAAUAACUCUGGUGUUGUGGUGAUGAAUAGCCAAGUGAACAACAACAACAACCCAAGUAUUGGAGGUGCUGGUGGGUUUGGUGGUGGGAUGGGUCAGUCCAUGGCAGCAAACGGAAUGAAUAUUAGUGGGAACAAUGGUCUGAUGAACGGAAGAGUUGGGAUGAUGGUGCGGGAUCCAAACGGGCAACAAGAUCUGGGAACUCAGCUCUUAGGAGCGGUCAAUGGUUUCAACAAUUUUCAGUGUGAUUGGAAUGGGUAA